CCGGUCUCAAGCGAACAUCAUUUAGCUAAUUUUUUCUAGAAAAUGACAAAAUUUUAUGUUUAAUCAAGAAAAAUGGGUAAAUGUGGUAAAACUAUUGGUACUGGUUCAAAACUUAUUGAGAAUUUCAACCUAAGCCGACAAUUAGAUGACAUUCUUGGGGAAGAACGGGAUUAUACUUGUACUAAUGGCUUUAAGCCUGGUUUGUUUUGGGAAAUUGGAUGGAAUUGGAUAAGGAUUUUAAGGCAUAUGUUGAUUCCAAGCUCUGGACUUCAAGGGUUUUGCGAUGAAGUAGAAUUGCAUUCAAAUGAUUGUCCAUAUCGAUAUGGAUGUAGUUGUAAAGGUGUUACAAUUUACAGGGAUCAAUUUAUUCAACGCCUACAUUAAAUGGAAAUGCUUGUAAUCUCGAUGAUCAGAGUGAAGUCGAAUUUUUAAGAUUUUGAUUAUGUAUUUUUUUCAUAUUUGUGAACA